AUGAGGAUUAGAAAAUGGCUUGCUGUGAGGAUGACAAGUCAGUGGGCACCAUCAACCAAAGAAUGCCAGAAGAAGACUAUCCUGAUUGGUGGUAUUACUAGUGGUCCUAGUGGGAUCAAAGCCAAACCCAGAAACAAAACAGGUCCUAGUAACAUCAAUAUUAUGGACUUGCUAAUUAAGAAGAGGCCACUAUUAGUUAAGAAAGAUUUCAAGAGCUAUGAUGAUAUACUUAGUGAGCUCAUGGAACUGGGGAGACAUAUAGACAAGACUCAGAUCCAGUUUGGAGUACCUAGAGCCUUGGUAAGUGAUCAUGGGACACACUUUGCCAAUAAGAUGAUGGAUAGUCUGCUGUCAAAACAUGGUAUAACUCACAAGAUGGCAACACCAUAUCAUCCCCAGGCUAAUGGUGCAGCUGAGGUAUCUAAUAGGGAAGUUCAAGGUAUUUUGCAAAAAAUUGUUAAGCCUAAUAGGAAGGAUUGGAGCCUUAGGUUAGAUAAAGCCUUAUGGGCAUACAGGACAGCUUAUAAAGCUCUAAUUAGCAUGUCACCAUUUAGGAUAUUCUUUGGAAAGGCUUGUCACCUUCCUGUGGAAAUUGAACAUAGAGCUUAUUGUGCUGUAAAAACAUGUAAUUUGAACUUAGAAGAUGUAGCUGAGGAGAGGAAAUUAUAG